GGUGGUAUUGCUGUACGUGAGGGUCAUUCUGCUAUUCAUAGCCAAUGGUUUCCUUCAGUACUGCUUAGCUCAGUUUAACUACAAUAACAGACACACUGAAGUGUCCAUUAAAAAACAGAAUAUUAAAUUACAGCUAAUACUCACCCACACACAGAAGAAACUUAACAACUAGAGCUGCAGGACUUGAACAAGCAGAACUGGUAGAGCAAUGCAGGCCCAGGAUCUGAUCCGGCACCUGCGGAUACCUGAGCUGGAUGAUUUGAGGCAGUAUGUGCGCAGUUUACCCACCAACACCCUCAUGGGCAUGGGCGCAUUCGCUGCCAUCACCACAUACUGGCUGGCCACCCGUCCAAAAGCACUUAAACCACCCUGUGACCUCGACAUGCAGUCUGUGGAGGUACAGGGCUGUAGAUAUGCUCGUCGGUCCGUUCUGCAGGACAGUGACACAUACAUGACAUACUUCUAUAAAGACGCUCAGACAAUGUAUGAGUUUUUCUUAAGAGGACUACGAGUAUCAAAUAAUGGUCCUUGUUUGGGAUCACGAAAACCGGGCAAGUCAUAUAAAUGGCUUUUGUAUAAAGAGGUAGCAGACAGGGCAGAGUUCGCAGGUUCAGCAUUACUCCACAGAGGACACAGUCAAACAGGAGACAAAUACAUUGGCAUCUUUUCACAGAACAGGCCAGAGUGGAUGAUUUCAGAGCUGGCGUGUUACACAUAUUCACUGGUGGCAGUGCCGCUGUAUGAUACACUUGGUACAGAGGCCAUCAGCCAUAUCAUUGAUAAAGCCACCAUCUCCACUGUGAUCUGUGACCUCCCGGAGAAGGCUCGUCUGAUCCUGGACUGUGUGUCUGGCCGCAAGCACAGUGUCACAACCAUAGUGAUCAUGGGGAACUUUGACAGUGAAUUGACAGCACAAGCACAACAGAAAGGCAUUGAGGUCCUAAGCCUCAAGGAGCUGGAGGCUAUUGGGAAAGCUAACCACAAGACUCCCAUUCCUCCUAAGCCAGAGGACCUGGCACUGAUUUGUUUCACAAGUGGAACUACAGGAUGUCCAAAGGGAGCAAUGAUCACACAUGGAAACGUUGUUUCCAAUUGUUCCGCUUUCAUUAAAGUUACUGAGGUACACUGCAUGUUUAACCAGACAGACAUUCACAUUUCUUACCUACCACUAGCACACAUGUUUGAGAGAGUGAUUGAGGGUGUGCUUUUGGUCCAGGGGGCCAGAAUUGGAUAUUUUCAGGGUGAUAUCCGUCUACUGAUGGAUGAUUUGAAGACUCUUAAGCCCACUGUAUUCCCUGUAGUGCCCAGAUUACUCAACCGCAUGUUUGAUAAGAUCUUUGGACAGGCGAACACUCCUCUCAAAAGAUGGCUGCUGGAUUUUGCUACCAGUAGGAAAGAGGCGGAGCUUAAAAGUGGAGUUGUGAGGAAGGAUAGCAUGUGGGAUAAAUUGAUCUUCAGCAAAGUGCAGGCCAGUUUGGGUGGACGUGUGAGGUUCAUGAUCACAGGAGCUGCUCCUGUCUCUCCCACCGUCCUCACAUUCCUGCGAGCAGCGCUGGGCUGCCAGUUUUAUGAGGGUUAUGGGCAGACAGAGUGUACGGCAGGCUGCACUUUGUCACUUCCUGGAGAUUGGACAGCAGGUCAUGUGGGAGCACCGCUGCCCUGUAACUUCGUUAAACUAUUGGAUGUGCCUGAAAUGAAUUAUUUUGCAGCAAAUGGAGAGGGAGAGGUGUGUGUGAAAGGCUCAAAUGUGUUUCAAGGUUACCUGAAGGACCCAGAGCAGACCUCAGAGGCCUUAGAUAAAGAUGGCUGGCUGCAUACUGGAGACAUCGGCAAAUGGCUCCCGAAUGGGGCUCUGAAGAUUAUAGACAGGAAGAAACACAUCUUCAAGCUGGCUCAGGGUGAAUACAUUGCUCCAGAGAAGAUUGAGAACAUCUACAUCCGCAGUGACCCUGUGGCUCAGGUCUUUGUUCAUGGAGACAGUCUGCAGGCAUGUUUAGUGGGUAUUGUGGUUCCUGAUCCAGACUUUCUGCCAGGAUGGGCAAAGAAAAGAGGCAUUGUGGGCUCCUACACUGAAAUGUGCAAAAGCAAGGAACUGAAAAAUGCCAUCCUAGAGGAUAUGAUUCAGCUGGGCAAGGAAGCCGGACUGAAGUCCUUUGAACAGGUGAGAGACAUUGCCCUGCACGUGGAAAUGUUCUCUGUUCAGAAUGGACUCCUCACGCCAACACUGAAAGCAAAGAGAACCGAGCUGAGAAAACACUUCAGACAGCAGUUAGACCAGCUCUACUCUAAAAUCAAAAUGUGAUCAACUAGAGAAAGAGUGUGAGAGAGAGACACCCUGUCUACACCUAGAACACCCCAAACAUGCAGUGUGGUGAUGAUUAUGAAGGACGUACUCCGGUUCUGUCAUGUUGUUCCAUGGUGAGCUGGGGGAGAGAAGGCUGGUACUUUUUUCAUUUCUAUCACUUGGAGGUGCUACCGUAGUCUCUCAGACAAGGUGAAGUGCGGUCUCACCAGUGAAGCACAUGCCAAACAUUUCAUGAGCCCUGCUGUUCAUCUGUGCUGACAAUUGGAAGUGAACCACACCAGUGCCUUAGGCCAGUGAAUGCCUUGAGUGUAAUAACCCAGAACACAACCUGCAAAAUCAUAUAAAACAAAACGAAAUAUGCCAAAAAGGUUAAUCAUGUGCAGAUAUUUUCCUUAACACUUAUUUGAAAUAGUUUGGUUUUCAUUUAACUUCUGUAAAUGGAUAUUUGUUAGUGGUCGACCAAUAUUGGGUUUUGACAGCCGAUCCUGAGGCCGAUACAGUAUCUUGCAAUUCAGAGGGACCGAUAUAAAGCCGAUAUAAUAU